GUACCUGUUGCUUAGUCAGGCUAGGUUCCUCAGGUGUGUGUCUGUGAGGUGUUGCUGCUGAGAUUUUACUCAUUUCUUGUGCCCUUGGGCGCUCCUAGCGCUCUAUUCUCGUGCCCUAUUUCUGGGAGAUACCCUGUUGCGUGCUCCGAGGGUCGAUAUACCCAUACCCGUGCCCACAACUGGUCAAGAUGCGUUGGGCGUCUAUGGUGUGGGCGUGCCUGGCCCUGGCGCUGGUGGGCGUGGAGGCGGCAGGGGCGUGCAACGAGGUAGUUUGUGCCAGCAUGGUCAGCAAGUGCAUGUUGACCCAGGCUUGUAGGUGUGACCUCACCAAUUCUCCCAACAACAACUGUACUUGUUGCAGGGACUGUGCCAAGUGUCUUGGGUACUUGUACACAGAGUGCUGCUCCUGCCUUGGCAUGUGUGAGCCCAGGAGCCAGGUCAUGGAGAAGACCGACUCACAGGUCGGGGACCUGGCUGAGCCCUUCCCGCAGCUCUUCCAAGCUCUUACGGGAGACAAGGAUCCCAUGCUGAGAUGGACAUCCAUGACCUUCCCCAUCGACCUGGCUGUCUCAGACGUAGAUUCCAAUGAUCUGGACAAGAGUAAAUACAAACUAGUUGUGCACCCACAGGACACUGCGCAGGUGGAGCAAGUGACUGUGAACUGCACAGUGUUGUACAUGUCUCAGUGUGUCUCCGGCAGCAGGUGUAAGGACACCUGUAAGUCCAUGGGCGCCGCUGCCUACCGGUGGUUCUUCGACGGAUGUUGUGAGUGUGUGGGCACCCAAUGCAUCAACUAUGGUGUUAAUGAGAGUAGGUGCAUCCAAUGCCCCAUGGUAAACAAGGAGAACCAUGAUGACAUCCUCACUGACCAGCACCAGGCCAAUAACUCAGCUGAUAACUUUGACGAAGCGGCCGCGCAGGGUGACGGGGCUGCUAAGGGCGACCCAAACUUGUAGGUCUCAUAGACAGGUGGCCCUGAUGCUGGCAGAGGAGCUCUUCAUUCAAGGAAUUUGAACCGCCCUUCAAUGGCCAGCCUAACUUGUAGUUUUUGUAUAAGAAGAAAUUACUCAGAGGGAAGUACAGAUAUUUGUGUAUCUGUGUAUGCAGAACAAACACUGUGAAAAAUAGUGAACAUCCAAGCACUUUCAAGAUUUCUCAUAUCAAACAAUUGUUCCUUGAUAAUGUGAGAAAUCAAGAAAACACUUGGAAAAAAAAUACCACGAGCGGGCAUAGAACCCGCGAUCAGAGUCGUAAAACUCCAAGCCGACACGCUGGCCACUGGUAUGGUAUGUUUGCAAUCGUGUCAUUACAAUUUCACGAGUUGAGCGCUUGUAAGUUUACUAUUUUUCACAGUGGUUGUUCUGUAUAUUGUGAUAUCACCUGCUUACUGUUUGCAUCUCUAUGUAUAUACACUGAUAUACAAAUACCUAUAUUUAUAUACUCGUAUGUGGAAGAAAUCACAAACGCAUGAUUGCAAGUAGGAAAUAUACCACAGUGACAAUAAGAAAUAAAACCCGAGCACUUUCAUGUGCUUAGACACAUCUUCUGAAGAUGUAAACACAUGAAACUGAUCAGGUUUCAUUUAUUGUUUUCACUGUGGCAUUUUUUUGUACACUGAUAUAUAUGCAUAUGUCUAUGUACACCGAAAGACACACACCUCUCAGUCAGGGUAUAUACAGUCAUGUGUGGCUCUCAGUGUAGUGUAUGUUCACUGAAAAAUACACAUCUUACUGGAUAUACACCGAGAGGUGUGUAUCUCCCAUGCUAUAUACACUGAGAGAUAUUUACAUUAUCUCUACGUCCACAGCAGGGCUCGAACCUGCAAACUCUAUAUCAGAGAACACAGUACUUUACCACAGAGCCAGACCCCAGAUAAGUACAGGCGCCUAGCCGGAGGUAGACGAUGUUUCCCCACACCCUGGGGUACCAGGCUUGUUUACAAAGUUAUAUUAUUUGCAGGUUCGAGUCUUGCUGUGGACGUAGAGACAAUAUUGGUAAAUAACUUCACCUGUUUACGAAUUGUUAAGCACUGAGAAAUGUAUUGAAAUGUAUACGAGUAUACGACAAGAUGUGUUUAACUGAGUAUAUACUAUAAGAGGUGUAUAUGUGCAGGUAGACCUGACGAUGUGUAUUUCUAUAUUUAUACCGAGAUGUAUCAGCAACACACAAUGUAGCAUCAAUUUAUGUUUGAAUAUUCACAUUAAUUAAGAUUUCACACUUAUCAGAAUACGUCAAGUAAAUAAUCACAUGCAACUAAUGUGACGUUUUAUUAUGGCAGCCUUUUGCUCUCCAGGAGUUUUGUUAAGCUUCAUUUACCUAACAUUUUGUCAGUUAUUCUACCAUUGUUACUAACUGUCAGAAUAUGCAAUAAAAACGUGUUUUCC